CAUCACUUCAACUCUUGACAGGAUCAGAGGCCACGAUGCAGCCGGGCCUGACCCAUCUGAGACUAGUCCUACUGGGGCUGGCUUUUGCACAAACCCAGGCGGAUCUGCCCAUGUGCAAAGAGUCAGAUUAUCACUUUGAAUACACGGAGUGUGACGUGCUCGGGUCACGGUGGAGAGUGGCAGUUCCCAACAAACCUGAAACAUGUACAGGACUCCCAGAUCCAGUCAAAGGCACUCAGUGCACUUUCUCCUGUAAUGAAGGGGAGUUCCUUGACAUGCGUUCACAGAAGUGUCAGAAAUGUGCCGCAGGGACCUACUCUCUGGGCACCGGCGUGGCCUUUGACGAGUGGGACAGCCUCCCCACAGGUUUUGUCACCCAAGGCAUGAACAUGAAUGGCGGGGAUGCCCACAUCAUCUGCUCCAACUCCACAUGGACUCCAAAGGGUGACUACAUCGUUUCAAACACAGAUGAGUGCACCGCAACACUGUCCUACGCAGUGAGUCUGAAGAAACCUGGAAGUGUGUCCUUUGAGUACUUCUACCCUGACAGCAGCGUCUACUUUGAGUUCUUUGUUCAGAAUGACCAGUGCCAGUCUACGGACUCUGAAAGCCGGUCGAUGAGUAUCUCUGAGAACAAGUGGAACAUACACACAAUUGAUCUGAGCAAAGGCAACAAUGUUCUGUACUGGAGAACCAUUACGUACUCUCUGCAGGGCGCUGCUGUCGAACCUGUGCAGUUAAGAAACAUCGCCAUCUCAGGGGUGGCCUAUACAUCAGAGUGUUUCCACUGUAAACCUGGCACUCACAGUGCAAAAGAAGGCUCUGCUCACUGCAGCCCCUGUCCUGCCGACAGCUACUCCACCAAGGGAGCCACUGUGUGUCAUGAGUGUAGUAAAGACGAAUACGCAGAGGCUGGUUCAGGGAGCUGUAAACCAAGACCUGCAUGUACAGACAGUGACUACUUCUACACCCACACUCCAUGUGACUCUGAGGGAAAGACUCAACUCAUGUACAAAUGGAUUGAACCUAAGAUCUGCAGUGAGACUGUGAAGGGGGCGGAGAAGCUUCCUUCGUCUGGGAAGAAACAAACCUGUCCGCCAUGUAAUCCAGGGUUCUUUAUCACCAACUCCUCCACAUGUGAACUCUGCCCUCAAGGUUUCUACUCAAAUGGAACAGCCUGUGCUAAGUGUCCUGUUGGCACCGAGCCGCUGAUCGGCUUUGAGUACAAGUGGUGGAACACAAUGCCGAGCAACAUGAGGAGCUUCAUCUUCCACCGAGAGUUCAGCGGCUCUGAACACAGCACAGCUUGGGAAGUGGCUGGUGAGUACAUCUACACAGCCCCCGGGGAUCAGGACAGAGACUUCCUGAUGCUCACACUGGAUGUCCCUGGAUAUAGGCUUCCUCAGUCCAGCACAAAAAACAGCGAAAACACUGAACUGUCUCGCAUCACCUUUGUCUUUGACACCGAGUGUUCAGCUGAUUGUAAACUUUAUUUCCAGGCGGGUUAUAAUCGCUGGAAUAAUGAUGUAAUAGAGCAGUGGAAAGGCCGCAACAGAAAACAGUCGUAUUCGUACCUGAUCCAAAGUAACAGCACCGUCAGCUUCAUAUGGACGUUUCAGCGGACGGAGGAAUUCAACACGGAGAGGAAGCACAGCACUGAUGUUGCCAAGAUUUACUCCAUCCACAUCACCAAUGUCAUCGGAGGUGUGGCGUCUCAGUGUCGCCGCUGCGCCCUUAUGUCAUCUAAAGCCGGCUCUGCCUGCGUCCCCUGCCCGGCGGGACACUACAUGGUCAACGAGACAGGAGUGUGUGUGAGCUGUCCGGCAAACACGAUCAUCAGGGCUGAGCGGCCGGUCGGAGAGGCGGCGUGUAUCCAGUGUGGACCAAACACAGAGAGAAAUGAAGUCCACUCAGCAUGUCUCAGUGACUGCAGGUUGACCGUGCAAGUUCAUGAUGGAGCGCCUCUACACUAUGACUUCUCUCCUCUGUCCAACGUCACCGGCUUCCACAGCAGCCCUCGCUUCACGACUAAAGGCCUGAGAUAUUUCCAUAACUUUAAUGUCAGCCUGUGUGGAAAAGAGGGCAGAGUUCCUGCAACAUGUGUGGAGAAUGUAACAGAGAGCGGGAGGAAGGAGGUCAAAGGUUAUAUCUGCCAGUCAACGGUGGUUCCCUCUGGCAUUCGGGGUCAGAAUGUGGUGUCGUCACAGCCUUUCACUAUUGGUGACUCUAUAGUUGGUGUAACUACUGACGUGAUUCUGAGUAAAAUCUCCUCUCCAAAAUGGUUGUUCCCCUCCACAUCCAAACUGCCGGACAUCAUAUUCUACUACAAGUCUAGUGAGACAACUCAAGCCUGUAAAAAGGGCAGGUCCUCCACCAUCAGAAUGAGAUGCAAUCCCACAGUGACCACUAAUGACCACAUCACACUGCCCAGUAACUGCUCAGAGGGCACGUGUGAUGGUUGUACUUUCCACUUUCUGUGGCAGAGCAGAUAUGCAUGUCCACUCUGCACCAAGGACCACUACAGAGAGAUUGUCAGCGCAUGUGUUCAAGGAAUACAGAGAACCACCUAUGUGUGGCAGCAGCCUUUGCAGUGUUAUGGAGGAGUGUCUCUACCAGCACAAAAAGUCAGCGCUUGUGUGACUCUGGAUUUCUGGCUGAAGUUUGGCGUUUCCACGGGAACGAUUGCUGCGGUGUUGCUCAUCGGUAUCAGCUGCUAUUUCUGGAAGAAGACACGCAAGUUACAGUACAAAUACUCCAAGCUGAUGAUGAGCUCAGGAGGUAAAGAGUGUGAGCUGCCCACUGCAGACAGCUGCGCUAUAAUGGAGGGUGAGGAUGCAGAGGAUGACCUCAUGGACCUCACCAAGAAAUCCUUCUUCACCAAAAUUAGGUCUUUUUCACGAGAGAGGACGGUGGAUGGAUUUGACUCGGUCCCACUGAAGUCGUCAUCUUCACUCCUGCAAAGAGAGGAAGAAGACUCCGAUAAUUAAAACAACAAAUAUAGAAGAACGUGUGUUAUAGUUUAAGCUGGCAGUGUAAGGUCUCAGUAGAGUCACGUCAAACAGAGGAAGGCUGUGGAUGUGUUUUAUUUGUUGAUUAACAUAAAGACUCACUAAGAAAGAUGAAAAAAUGUCAAGAUUUUAUUUGGACAUUAUUUAACAUUAGACCUCAUAUUAAGAUGCAGUGUCUGUGUUAGGGAUAUGGUGUAUUUUUAAUGUCUGUAGUGUCUUUCAAAGUGACCAAAAGUCCAAAGAGAAAAGUUACAGUUUUGUUGAUGUUUUUCCUUUAACUUUGAGUAUUUUUUUCCUUCUUUUGUGUGUGUGUGUUUUUUGUUAUUUCCUAUUUUUAUCUGCCUUUUCCAACUAAUUAGUACAGUUUUAUUACAUUUAUUUGUCUGUCAGUACUGAACUGUAUUUGCCAAAUGUUUGACAAUAUUUUGUGCUCCAUCCAAGAAAAAAUAUAUAUCUCUCAGAAUGACAAAUGACCUCUAGAGCUGCCUUCUGCUACACUCAUGAGAUGCCAUAACUUAGAAUAAAUGUAAUUUGUUUAUACUGACUUGUUUUGAAAAAUAAAAUAAAACAUAGGUUUAUUUAUAA